AUGCACAUUGUUCUGCAAUGCGCGUUGCCAUUCUCCCGCCUCCCGUUAACCCAAAUCGGCGCAUUAGCGAAUAUUCUGGCUAACUCCCCACACAAAACUCUUGGGGAUGCAUCAUCAUUCCACCCACUUCCACUUCACGUUUCCUCCUACCAUCUCCCCCUCAACUCCUUUUUAACGGCGAUCACCCCUCCCGACUUCAUCAUGGAUCAGGCAAAGUUGGCUAGAAUGCAGGCGAGCGUUCGCAUCGGUAUUGGCAAGGGUACUCCCCGCCGCAAGGUCAAGAAGGUCGUCCGCAACUCCGGCGCCGAUGACAAGAAGCUCCAGGCCGCCCUCAAGAAGCUGAACGUCCAGCCCAUCCAGGGUAUCGAGGAGGUCAACAUGUUCAAGGAGGACGGCAACGUCAUCCACUUCGCCAACCCCCGUGUCCACGGUGCCGUCCCUUCCAACACCUUCGCCCUGUACGGCAACGGUGAGGAGAAGGAGCUCACCGAGCUCGUCCCCAACAUUCUGAACCAGCUCGGCCCCGACUCCCUCGCUUCCCUGCGUAAGCUCGCCGAGAGCUACCAGAACAUGCAGAAGCAGCAGGGUGAUAAGAAGGAGGACGACGACGAGGAUGACAUCCCCGACCUCGUCGAGGGCGAGAACUUCGAGACUAAGGAAUAA